GAAAUAGCCCAACCUCUACAUUUCUACGCUGUUGCGAUAACGCAGAAAUUAAUUGUGAAAUUGGUGGAUAAAUGUAUGUAGAAGUGCUUUCGGUGAAAUACUGAAGUUUACUUUGACACCAAAGGUCUGUCAAAAAUCAUGUCUAGCAGAAAGUCAAAAAAAAGAAUUGGCUCAACACGACAGCGCAACCUAGGGCACAAGGCAGAAGAAAGGGACGCUAAUGAAGAGCUCACUGAGACAAUAACUGAGACACCAGAUGAAGCCAGUAAUGCUGGAAAAACUGGGGUACUUCAAGAGUUGUCCACUGUCCACCACGUGCAACCAUUGUACUCAGGUGAAGUGCCCAAGUGCCAGCUUGAUGUUGUCUCUGAGAACAUAGAGGGUGACCAGCAUGAUCCAGGCAAGACUAGCACAGAAAAACUUGAAACUGGAGCCCCGGCUGAACUUUGUGAGGCAGAGACAAGUACUUCUGGGAAGAUAAGGAGAAUGGGUUCAACUCGAAGAACCAAGCAAGCAUUUAAAGCAGAAGAGAGGAAAGAGGAGGAGGAAAAGGAUAAUAAUAGCAUGCAGAUAAUACAGGAAGAAUUUAAUAUCACAAGAACAGAGGAUCAGUAUUUAAAAGAAGAACCACAUGCACCAGAGUCAGAUCAGGCUCACACACAUUUGCUGGAAUUAGGUGUCAGUGAAGUGAAGGGACUGACAGAGAGGCCUAGGGAUGAGUCUCCAGGUGAAGAACGUAGACUUUUGUCAGAGCUGGAUGUCAAAACAGAGGCCCAGUAUACCCACUCUCCUCCCCAGUCCUUUGAUCAGUGUCCUACACCAGCAGUAAAUCCACCUUUCUGUGUCACAAGCCCCCAAGAAGAGGGGGAAAGUUUACUCAAACAAUCAUGCUUCAAUUUGUCUGAGGCCAAGGAGAUCUCUUCUACUGAUACAACACAAGAUACACCUGAAGGACUUGAUGGUCAUUACCAACAGAGAGAAGACCAAAGUCCUGAAGAUGUAAGAGAAAGUGAUGAGCAAAGGAGGACAGAAGAGGUCGUUUUGGAGGUGAGUUUAAACAUAGGAGACAUUUCUGUUAAAGAACACAUUAAACACCAUGUAUUGCAUAGAAAGGAAAGCCAAGAAGGAAUGCCAAUUAUGAAAGUAGAUAACAAGCCCCUUAGAGAAAUGGAGGUGGAAAGUGCUGGCAUCCAGAAUUUUUCAUUGCAGAUGCAAGCUAUGCCACAGGGAAGUACAGCGCCAACAACAGCAGAAAACAUUUCAGAGAUUAAAGAUAAUUUACAGAUCUUUCAACCUGCUAAUACCAAUACUGAUGGCACAGUGACAGAAGGCUAUGAUAAGUAUGGAAAUCAAAACAGCUUACAAACUGAACAAACCAUUUCUAUCAAGGUUUCUCAAGAAAAGGAUACAAACUCAGAACUUAAUGUUCAAAGGCCAAAGAAAAGAAUGGGCUCAACCCGGAGAAUUGUCAAAGGAAACAAAAUGAUAGAGGAUAUUGGAAACAGCCAAGAGGAAACGCAUGAGAUGAGAGAGGACACAUUGCUAAAUCCAGAAUUGACUGAAGAGGACACAAAGUUCAGACUAAAGACAGUAGUCAAUGAUAAGUUAGAUAUGGUCUUUACUGUCAAUGAGAGAGGGGCACAGUUAGAAGAAGCAGGCUGUGAGUUUGAGGAACAAGAAAACAAACAUGGGAACCUGAUUCUAGAUGAGAAUACUGAAGGUACACUGAUUGCAAUGGAUGCUGAGGCAUUUCACUCAACAGAGAAUAUAACAGGUGACAGUGGGACAAUGACAAGCACCAGUAGUAGGCAGCUUGUUAUGGAAGGGAACUUGGAUCAUCAUCACAAUGAAAUAGGCCGCAAAGGAGUUACUGAAAUUGCUGAACUGAAUGCCCCUAGAUUGAGAGAGAGACUUGGGUCAACUCAUGAGCCUCUCCAAGGAGAGAAAGAAGUAAAAAGGGAAUACGGAUGUGAUCUCACUGGUAAAGAAAUUGACAGCAAGGAUAUAGAUUUCCAAAUGAUUCCAGGAACAGACAUACUAGCAAUUGUGAAAAGUGGAAAGUUACAAGUAGAGGACAUCGGUACUGAGUCUUUCACAGAUAAACCAACAGUGGGAAGUGUCUGUGAGAGUUUUAGUCCUUUUGAAAAUGAUUUCCUAGCAUCACCUCCUAUGGUAGAUCACAGGGAAGAGAUGGUAGAUAACUCACUGAAUCUGCAAGGAGAGAGUUUUGACUGCACAAAGACAUGCAUGUCAGACAAAGAUGCAGUUGAGAAAGCUGAAUAUUUCACCAAUCAAUCAGAAGUAAGAAUUCCCAGUGACACUUUUAGUUCUUUUGAAGUAGCGGAGCAUUUUAAAGGAGCUUUUGUGAGGGAAGAUGUUGACCAACUCCAAAAGCAUGACGAGGGAAAGGCAGAAAAUAGUCCAGAGUCACCUGAAGACCAGGAGAGGAAAAAUAGUACAAACAUGGCUGUAUCAGAACAGCCAGAGAUUGAGAAUCAAUUAUCAUGUCCUUCUGAAGAUCCCUGUGAAAAUUGUGCUGGCACCUCAGCAGAGGUCAUUGGUGCCAUUGAGAAUACCAAUAUUUUACUCCCUCAGUCAGAAGUUGAGAUUCUAAGUGAGUCCUUUGAUCCUUUAGAACAGAAUCGCUGGUCAUCAUCUACACCAGAUCACAUUCCAGAGAUCGCAGUUGCCUCACUGAAUGUGCGUACAGAGAGUUCUAGCCCUGAGACAUACAGCCCUGAUAUCCAACACUGUGAUGAAGUUGAAAAAGGGACACAGGCUCACAUUCUCAGUUCUACCAUGGAACCAGAAGUAUCAAAUACUAGUACCAACAUUUCUGAUGCAUUGCACAAUGAACAGACCAAGCAGUCUGUUUCUCAAUCACUUACUAUGGAAAGCACAGAUACAUCGGAAAAAACAUCACAGUAUGACGACUGUGAAUCCACCUUCAAACUUCCAUAUCACACAGAAGAGGCGAAUGUAAAACCGGGUGCCUCGAAACAGAAGAGAAAGAUGGGGUCAACCCGCAGGACAAAGAGAGAACAGAAAAGGGAAGAGACAAGUGAAGUCAUGAGUACAGAUGGAGACUAUGCCAAUGAGGACAUCAAUGUCAAAAUGAACACAGAUGCUGACAUCAAAGUAGAUGCAGAAGAGGGAAUUUUAGAAGCCGGCAUCAUAGAUGCCUUAAAGGAAAAUGAGCCUUCCACCACUCAGACAGACGUUGGGCUUCUCAAGAUGGCUUUGAGCUGUGUUGAACAGGACCGGUAUGUUGACUGCAGCCCGUCAGCUGAAGUGAUGUCAUCAUCUGUCCCACAAUGCAAUCCACUGGAGGAUGGGCAAAAACAAGACAACCAACAUCAGUGCCUUGAUAUUACUGCACAACAAUUAGAUGGUAAUGAUGCCGCAAAUCUAGAAGCUGACAAUGAGAUAUCUAUAUUGGGAAAGGAAACAUCAGAGGGCCUCACAACAAGCGAAGCAGAGCCUUUUAAUGAAGCGCUCAUGAGUAAAGAUGUUGACCAGCUCAAAAAGCAUGAGGAGGAAAAGGCAGAAAAGAGUCUUGAGUCCCUUGGUGACCAGAACAAGGAAGACAGUAUAAGCCUGAGGGUAUCAGAACAGGCAGAAGCUGUGAAUCGGUUAUCAUCUCCUACAGAAGUUCACAGUCCAGAUUGUGCAGCUAUCACAGUUGAGGAUGUACGUGCCAGUGAGAAAACAGAGUCUUCCUUCUGUCAGUCUGGUGUUGGGACUCACGGUGAGGCUCUUGAUCCUUUAGAACAAGAACACCCGCCAUCAUCUCCUACACCAGAUCACAUUCCAGAGAUCACAGUUGCCUCACUAGAUGUGCAUACAGAGAGUUCUAGCCUUGAGACAUACAACCCUGAAAUCGAACACUGUGAUGAAGUUGAACAAGGGACACAGGCUCACAUUCUCAGUUCCACUAUGGAUCCAGAAGUACCAAAUAAUGGUGCAGAGGCUUCAGAAUUAGUGCAAGAUGGAUGGACCCAGCAAUCUGAUCACUGCGAAUCCUCCCUCAGACUUCAACAUCAUGAGAAAGAGGGGAGUUUAAAACAGAGUGCGUCAAGGCAGAAGAGAAAGAUGGGGUCAACUCGUAGACAAAAAAGAGAAACCAAUGAAGUAAAUUUGGAUGAAGAAACAAAAUCUUCACAUGAAACUGGGGAGAUGACUGAGACUGAGAUUGAAGUGCAGCAGGAAGAAAAUAUCCAAUCAGAGCAAAUAUCAUCUAGAGAAAAAAUACAUUCAGCUGGUGUAAACACAAUUCCAAUGUCCAUAGGACAAAUUGAGAUUUCCGAGUCAAGUGGGUCCACAGCAGCUGAGGAAACAAGCUACAGCCAACUCUCUCAUGAGGACAGUCAGAAGGAACCCAAAUCCAUGCUUCAGAAAAGAAAGAUGGGCUCUUCUCGUAGAGGUCAAGGUCUGGGAAAUAGAGGGAAAGGAGAAGCAGAACAAGUAGAUGAGCACAUGGAUGACACAUCGAGACAAGAGAGUGGUGGGGCUCUUCUACAAAAUGAAGGGACCUCAAAAGAGAGCUGUUCAGGGUUACUGAAGAACACACAAGACCUGCCAGUAGAGGGUGAGCAGUUACUUGCUUCAGUUCAGUCAAGUGAGAGUCAUCUACAGCCUCUGGCUCAGGCAGAAAGGCCUGAUGAAUUAAUUGAUGAGAGAGUGCCUCCUGCAUCUGCUCAGAGCAAGCCAUCAGUCCUCAGUGUAUCCUCAUCACCCUCCUCUGAGUUUCAAGAGCAUGGCCCAAACAAAGAUCCACAAACCAGCACAAAGAAAAGGAAAAUGGGGUCCACUCGUAAGAACAUGAGGAGACAAGGGGAAGAAGACAAGAGUGACCUCAAAGCAGUUCAUGGAAGUACACAAAGAUGGAAUGAUGACACUGUAUGGGACAGUACGAUUAGUGAUGUGGAAGAUCUGCCAACUGGGCCAACGGAGACAGCCACAAUCCAGAAAAUGACUGAAACUCAGGGGCAAGAGGACACCCUGCCACAUGACGAGAGUGCUGGACAUGGCUCCGCUGGUCAGAAGAAGAGUCCACAGCGCACAAGGAGGAAGAUGGGCUCCAGGCAUGGUGGUCAGGGAUACAGAGGGAUAGGAGGCCUGGAGGAAUCUGAGGAUCAGCCUGUUUGCAAACGCCAAGAGAAAGAUGGCAGCAUCUUGCAGGGCACACAGGAAAAUGUCCAUAGUGAGGGUGUGGAUGAACAAGGGCUUUCUAAGCUAACCUUUACUGGUGAUGAAGAAAGUCAGAAGGUGAAACAACCAAAUCCUUCAGGGGCAAGGAGCAAACUAGAUCUAGAGAGAAAGUAUGGACCAGGUGACACUCUUACUUCCCUGGAAGAGGCAGUUAUGUUUAAUAUAGUGAUGGUUGGAGAGAGUAGUGUGGGGAAGACAUCUUUUAUCCACCAAUUCCAGAAUGGACAGUUUUUUGACGAUCACUCUGCCACCAUUGGUGUUGAUACCUGCAUCCAGACAUUGGCUGUGGAUGGUGAAUUGGUAAAACUUCAGAUAUGGGACACUGCUGGUCAGGAGAGGUUUCAUAGCCUCACCCGCCAGGUGUUGCAUAAGGCCGAUGGACUUAUUGUGAUGUAUGACAUUUCAUCCUCUCAGACGUUUUGUGCUGUUCGCAAAUGGAUUUCCUGCAUUGAGGAAGGGGCUCGUAGUGAGGUCCUCAUCAUGCUUCUUGGCAACAAGAAUGACAGUGAAGAGCGGCAAGUUCUGCAUCCUGAAGGGGAGCGCUUGGCUCAGGAACAUAACUUCCAUUUCAUGGAAUGCAGCGCUGCCACAGGUCACAAUGUUCCACAGGCCAUGGAAGCUCUGGCCAGGUUAUUGAAGCAGACAGUGAAGGAGAGUGAUGAAGAACAUGUGACAUUGCACAAGAAGCCCCAACAGAAGAAGUCAGGUUGCUGCUGAGGCCUCACUCUUUCCAUCGUGUUUCCUAUUCAGUUUAUGUUAACAUAUAGAAACAUCAUUUGCAUACUUUCGCUUAUACAUUGUACAUGCAUAUAACAUAAAUUCAAUUUCUUUAAAAUUAGACUUCUAAAUAAACAAUUUGCACGUAAAAAAAAGCUCAGACACUUUACAUUAUUUCAGUCUUACAUACAAUAUUUCUUUUUUUCCUUUUAUUGACAAUUUUCAGAAAUGUUAAUGUAUCUUCAGUUAAGCACAUUUUUACACAAAUAUUACAUUUUUAUGUACAAAAAUGUGUUACAGUUGUGUGACAGUAAACAAAGGACAAAUUAGAAAAUUUAAAAAUGACCUUUUUUUCCUUAGAGGAAUUCCAUUUCUUUGAGAAGGAACAUCUGGAAUAUAAUCUAUUCUACAGUGUUCCAUUAGUGUUCAGGUUGCCAAACAAAUAGGAAGAUGAGCAGCACAAGACUGAGAAAAAGUGCAAAUACAAUGAAGAACACCUCAGCAGCCCACUGACUGCGCUGCACGCCUGUAACCACCAGGGGGUGUCUGGGGGCUAUCAGAUUAGUCAGGUUCAGCAUGUAGCCCAGAGUCCAGCCAAUGUCUGUGUCGGCAACCUGCGGAAUGCCAAGGACACAUCUCACAAAAAUAAUGAUGCCUAUUGAUCAGACUGUUACAGACAUUGUAGUGCAUUCAUAACACGUUGGAUUAGUAACACACGUGAAUUCGUAGAAGAAGGAAUCAAAGACCCACAUUUUGACUGUCAAAUGUUUUUGUAUUUUAACUUUACCCGUUGUCUUGCUUGAUCAUAUUUAUUAAUGUCAUUUAUUCCCCUAGACGUGAAUAUAUUUUAAUGCCUGAUAUAUUUAAUAAACUUUUUUUGCAUUUUC